AUGUCCCACGCACCCCAGGUGCAGUUCGACUGCUUCCCAGCUGAGAGUGGGCAGCAGGUCCUCGUCUCCCUCCGCACCAUCCCGGACCGGGGCUUGUCCCUCAACCGCAGCCGCCUGGUCACCGCUGAGCCACGUGAGCCUGUCUUCACCCAUGCGUGGGUCCCUGAGGCACGGGCCAUUGAGGUGUGGGUGCCCAAGGGUCCUGCCCUCAUGGUGCGGCUGUGCCAUCAGCUGGCCCUGGAGUGUGAGGAGCUGCCCCAGCCCUUCCACCAGCAGGUGCGGGUGCCAGGCGGCCACCGCGUUUCGCUGCCAUAUGAGUUCCUGGUGCCCUGCCUGUGCAUUGAGGCCUCCUACCUUCACCACGACAGCCUGCGGAGCAAACGCUGCCCCUUCCGUGAUCAACCAGAUGCCUAUGGCCCUGAGCUGUGGUCCUCGGUGCGCUUCCACGACUACAGUGCCAGCAGCAAGGACCAGAUGGCAAUGGCGCUGACUGCCAGCUGCCCCCUGCACCCACAGGCCACGCUGUGCUGGAGGGAGGCAGCAGAUGAAGCUGCACCCUGCCACAGCAUCCCCAACUCCACAGCCAGCGAGGAGGAGCAGGUUUACACACUGGACAAGGUGGACGUGCACCCCCAGCUCUGCUUCCGAUUCUUCUAUGGGAACAGCAGCCAUGUGGAGUGUCCCCACCGGCCAGAGACCACCUGGAACGUCUCAGUGAGUGUCUGGGGGCUGCAGCUGCGCCUGCACCUCAGCUCCCGCAUCCCCGCGGCCUUCAGCGCAGCCCUGUGCCAGCGCCGGGGUGGGCAGUGUGAGCCUGAGGCCCCUCUCUACACUGUCACACAGCCAGAGGGCUCUGCCCCAGGGGAGUUGGCACUGCUACUGCCAGCGCAGGUCCUGGGCAGCUGUGUGCUGGUGUGGCGCUCGGACGUGCACUUCUCUCGGAAGCAGCUGCUCUGUCCCGAUGUCUCUCACAGGCACUUUGGGCUGCUGGGGCUGGUGCUGGCACUGGGGCUGGUCGUGACCGUGCUGCUCCUCAACUGCUGCAGUGCCUGGAGGCCAGACAAUGGUGUCCCGGGCGGGCGCCCUGUGCUGCUGCUGUACUCACCGGACUCGGAGGAGCACCUGGGGCUGGUGUGCGCCCUGGCUGAGCGGCUGCGCGCGGGGCUGGGCUGCGACGUGCGCCUGGACCUGUGGGAAGCAGGUGGCUUGGGGCAGGCAGGCACCCUGCCCUGGCUCUAUGCCCAGCGGGGCCGUGUGGGCCGCCAGCGUGGCACCGUCCUACUCCUCUGGAGCCGGGGCAGUGCCCGGCUCUUUCGUCGGUGGCAGGUCGGGGUGGCCAGUGGGAUGCCUGGGGAUGCCCACGACAUCUUUGGGGCAGCCAUGGCCUGCCUGCACGGGGAGCUGGGUGCGACAGGCUGCGGCGGUGGGUGGGUCCUGGCCUACUUCAGCCGGCUCUGCAGCCCCCGUGACGUGCCUCGGCCCCUCCGGCCCCUGCCCACCUACCGCCUGCCCCGGCAGCUGCCUGGUCUGCUGGGUGCCCUGCGGGGCAGCCCCCCGGCCCCCCGCUGCUGCCGCCGGGGCAGGGCUGGGGGGCUCCUGCAUCAACUGAUAGAGGCGGGGGCUGAGGAGGGCAGCCGGCCGCCCCGGCCCCCUGGGGCAGCUGCUGGCACGUGA